AUGAUGGAUGAAAUUGAAUCAAAUUAUUAUUACAAUGCAUCAGAUGACGAUGAUGAUGAUGACGACGAUGAAGAGAUUUAUGCACCACUUAAAAAAGCUAGUCAACAAGAAUUCAAGCUUUGGGAUUCAUUUCAAGAUCCACCAAAUGAAGAAUCAAGUGGAUCAUCAAUUGAUAUCGAAUGGAUCGAAACAAUGGCAAAAGUUAUGAAAAUUUUCACUUAUUGGUUUGUGUUUUUCGUCGUUGCAGCGACAAGCGUCUUAUCAAAGUUGUCGUUUCUAUUGAUGACGUCGAAUGUUAACGAAAAUUCUAAAAAACCUUUUUGUGAAACAAGCAUGCCAGAAAGGAAGCUUGAAGCUUUCAUUCCUAAAGAGCAGAACAUUGCAUGGUCUUGGGCGAUUAUCAUUGCUUUCCUAGUGCCUGAAGUUGGGACACUUUUUAGAUCUCUCAGAAUUUGCUUUUUCAAAAGCAUCCGCAAUUUUACGUGGCAAGAAUUUGGAAUUGUUUUCAUGUUUGAGACAUUGUAUGUCGUGGGACUUAGUCUGCUAGCGUUUGAAGUUCUUCCUGCUCUUGAUGUGAUUCAAGGUGCCAUGUUGACCAACUGCUUAUGUUUCCUUCCAUCGAUUUUUUGCAUGUUGUCUCGAUCUCCCGAUGAACCCAAAAGAACAGUCAAAUAUGCUCUAGACAUUGGAUCGGCAGCCGUUCAAUUGAUUGGUUUCUUCAUCUGGCCAUUAGCAAUCACGUCUUCUUGGAGCAUCUGGUUUCUUCCACUUUCAGCUCUUCUUGUGUCGUGUCGUUGGUGGGAAAAUUUCAUAACAAAGUGCAGUUCAUUUGAACAAAUUCAAUAUCUCGCCUAUAUCAAGGACAAUCUUAAUGAAUCACGUUACAAGAUUUACUCUCUCAUAGCGCCGUAUAAAGUUCUUCUUUUCUUCUUCAUCUCCGCACUUCUCUCGCCCAUUCAAUUCACUGAUUUCUUUACAAUGUUCACCACAAGUUUCAACAAUCAUACGAUAAAAAUCGAAGAAGUAAAACCAAUUUUGAAUGAUAAAUUACCCGACUUCGAUGACAUUACCAGCGAUUUAUUCAGAGCAGAAAUAUUUGGGAAUGUAAAUGCGAUUUGGUGGAUUUUGUUGACGCACGUAGCAUCGUCGUACAUUUGUUACAUUUUUAGCAAGUUUGCAUGCAAAAUUCAUAUUCAAACGUUCUCGUUUUCCCUUCCGAUCAACCUCACUGUUCCCUUCGCAAUCUGCACGCUGAUUAUUCUAUGCGGACUGCGUGAAGCCAAUAUUUGCGUUUAUCACGACAUUCUUCCUGAUUACAUGUUUUUCCACAUGCCGCCUGUUCACUUCAUGUUUGGAUACAUUUUUAAACAGUUUGCUUGGCUUUGGAUUUUUUGGUUGUUUUCGCAAUGUUGGAUAACAAGACAUCUGUGGAAAUCGCGAAGCAAUCGUAACGCAUCAACUGAACGACUUUUCUUGCUGCCAAUGUACGACACUUUAAUAAUUGAUCAGUCUCUUGCUUUUAAUCGAAGACGUGAAGAAUUCGGUGAAUUUAUUCCGACUAUGGAAAAGGAAGUCAUUAAUGAUCCCGAAUCUUUAAAUGAAAUUGACGCUAAAGUUUAUGCGAAUAAAAGUAGCAAAGAAGGUGUCACAAAUCGUGAUCACAUCCCACAGAUUUUCAUUUGUGCUACAAUGUGGCAUGAAACGAAGGAAGAAUUAAUGGAAUUUCUUAAAUCAAUUUUGAGGUUGGACGAAGAUCAAUGUGCACGUAGAAUGGCAAUGAAAUAUAUUCAAUUGAACAAAGAUGAAAUUGACAAAGAAUACUACGAUUUAGAAACGCAUAUCUUCUUUGAUGACGCUUUUGUCGGUAACAAAACAUUGUGUGAAAGUCCGGAAGCGACACCAAUAAACACUUACGUUCAUCUUUUAAUAAACAAUCUCGAAGAAGCAGCUCGAGAAGUUUACAAAGUGAAGAUGAAAAUUCCACCACCGACAAAGAUUGUUUGUCCAUAUGGCGGUCGGCUUGUGUGGACAUUACCAGGUCGUACGAAAAUGAUUGCACAUCUUAAAGAUAAAAAUAAAGUUCGUCACAAGAAGCGAUGGUCACAAGUCAUGUACAUGUAUUACUUGCUUGGAUAUCGAAUAAUGCAACUUGAUGCGUCACCAGAGAGAAAAAUGACAAUUGCACAAAACACUUAUUUGUUGGCACUUGAUGGUGACAUUGAUUUUCAACCAAAAGCUGUUCACCUUCUUGUCGAUCGAAUGAAAAUCGAUCCGGAUUUAGGUGCUGCUUGUGGACGAAUUCAUCCGGUUGGCAAUGGGCCAAUGGUGUGGUAUCAAUUAUUUGAAUAUGCAAUAGGACAUUGGCUACAGAAAGCGACAGAACAUGUCAUUGGAUGUGUACUUUGUAGUCCUGGUUGCUUCUCAUUAUUUCGUGGUAAAGCUUUGAUGGAGAACAGCGUGAUGAAGAAAUAUACAACAAAGUCAGAUCAAGCACUUCAUUACGUGCAAUACGAUCAAGGUGAAGAUCGUUGGUUGUGCACUUUAAUUCUUAAACAAAAAUAUCGUGUGGAAUAUUGUGCUGCUUCUGAUGCUUACACACAUGCACCAGAAGGUUUCAACGAGUUUUACAAUCAAAGACGUCGAUGGGUGCCAAGCACAAUUGCAAAUAUUUUCGACCUUUUAAGAGAUGCAAAACGAAUCACAAAAGUUAAUAACAACAUUUCAAUGCCUUACAUUAUUUAUCAAAUUAUUCUCAUGUUUGGAACAAUUAUUGGACCUGGAACAAUAUUUUUAAUGAUGAUAAGUGCAAUUGUUGCUGUUUUUAGUGUUGAUAAUUACACUGCAUUCACUUACAACUUCAUUCCACUUGGCAUCUUCAUGAUGAUUUGCUAUUUCUGUAAACAAAAAUAUCAACUAACCGCGGCUUUCAUCAUCAGCAUUGUUUAUUCGCUUAUCAUGAUGGCAGUUAUGGUUGGCGUUUUAAUUCAAAUAAUUGAAGAUGGAAUUAUGGCGCCAUCGUCACUUUUCUUCGUUACCGUCGCCUUUCAAAUAAUCGUCACUGGUUUCUUGCAUCCACAAGAAAUCACUGCUUUACCUUCUGGAGUCAUUUACUACAUCACCAUACCAUGCAUGUACAUGUUGUUGACAAUUUACUCGUUGUUUAACAUGAAUGAUGUAUCAUGGGGAACGCGAGAGAAUCCUCAAGAGGCACAGCCGUCGAAAAUGGAUGAAAAGUUAACAAAACGACAAACAAAACUACAGAAAUUUCUUGGCUAUUUACGACCAGGAACUGAUGAUGACGAAGAAGGUUCUUUUGAUCUUUCAUUCGCCGGUCUUUUUCGUUACGGCGACACUGAAACGAUAUCAGCAGCUGAAGAACAAUUUUGGGUUGAUUUAAUUGACAAAUAUUUGAAGCCACUUGACAUGACGCCAAAAGACAAAGAAAAUAUGCAAAAUCAGUUGAAAGCUUUAAGAGAUAUUGCGGUGUUUGCUUUCACUAUGGGAAAUGCGCUCUUCGUUUUGAUUGUCUUCCUUCUUCAAUUGAACAAACAAUAUUUGAAAGUUCGAUGGCCUUUCAAUGUUAAGAAUAACAUAAUGUUUGAUCAAGAUACAUUUGAGAUAAUAAUUCAACGAGAAUAUUUAAAUCUUGAGCCGAUUAGUAUGCUGUUUGUGAUGUUCUUUGGAGUUGUUCUCAUCGUGCAAUUCAUUGCGAUGCUUUUCCAUCGAUUUGGAACAAUAUCGCAGAUUUUAGCAACAACGCAGAUUAAUUGGUAUUGUAGUAAAAGAGUUAAAGACACAGUUUCGGCAACAGAAUUGAAAGAACAUUCUGUGGAAAUUGCUCGACAUUUACAGAAGCCAAGACCCGAAUGGGAAGAUGACGAUGACAAUGAAAAAUCAAAUAAUCGAACAGACACAAUUCAUCGAUUGCUGUUGCAGCAUAAGAAGCAAAAAGAUUGGAGCAAUUUAGAGACAAACUUCAAACGUGAACUCUUUAAGGAAGGUGACUUGAAUUUAAAGAAACUUAAAUUGACAAAGAAAACUGAAUCGAUUCUUGAUGACUUGCGUAAGUCAAUGGCGGAAUAUCGUCGUGCUCAGAAAUCAUCUUCCAUCAUUAAUCCUUACUUCACGAGUAACGACAGUGCUUACAGCUUUGCCAAUAGCAAUCAGUCUGAGAACUCUUUCUCAAUUUAUCAACGUUCGACUUUCCGCACAUCACCAAUUCCUUCUGUUUAUGUUAGUGGAUUUCCACUGAAAAGUGCUUUGAAGAAUUCAUCAAGUCGUCAAACUUUAACUUUGAAAGAUGACAACUUGUAUUCCGAAGGAAUUGACAAUUUCUCGUUUGUAAACGGCGACGAAAAUCUCAAAGACGAAUCUAGCAACGAUGACGAUGUUAAUGGCAUUGAAAUGUAUCAGAGACGUCAACAAAGCAGCGACACUUCCAUUUGA